CGAAAUUGACUCAUCUCUGGUUUGUUUAUGUUUUUGACCAACAAAAAUAAAGUAUGCAUUUGCAUCAUGUCGUCUUCGUUUAGAUAUAAUCUCUUAAGGAGUGUUAAGCCAUACACUCCUUUCGCUCCGCAAUUGACCAAGUCUAUGCUACGAGUCCUUAUUCAAGUAUCUGUGCAUUUUAUUGAAACAAAAAAGUCGUCUUCUGAAGUGCUUUCCCUGGCACUAAAUAAGCUAACAAAUGCAGGCCAAAAGAUUCCACCAAACUUUUGUGAACUCUUUACAAUGAUAUUUCUGAUGAUGCAAAUCUUUCUGAGAUAUCCAAAGGGCGUUGUAAAACAUCACGAGUUGCGAAAGUGUUUAAUGGACGAUUUAAAUUUUGCAGAAGAAUAUGUUGAUGACAUUUGCAAAGUUUUGUUAAACCAUCAUGAUGUACUCAGCAAGAACUUUUCAGAAACUAAAAUGGACCGCGUUAAAAUGUCAAAGCUGCAGUGGAGAAUUAAUAUUUCCCUAUCUUUAAAUACUGUGCAAAUAGAUAAACCUACAAUAGUCCUCCACUUCAAACUCCAGAAUAGAGAAUUUCGCACUCUAGAAUUGCCUCUAUCUAUGUUCCAGCAAGUGCGCUAUAAUAUCGCCCUUUUACUGAACGAGUUGCAGUCAUUACAAAGCCGCUCUGCUUUAAAAUAAAUGAAAUGUGUUGUUAUCUAA